AUGAACAGACCGGGGAGACCGUGGAUGGACCGAGGAGAAAUCAAAACCGGCAAACUGCCGAUCGGUGGUGCACCCGAUAUAGGCAGCGUGGCUACCGGUAAGCUUGCGGUGUACGCCAAGAAAUUCGAGAUACUCAAAGAAGAGAUAGUCAGCUCCGGCAUGCUCAGCGAUUGCAUCCCGAUCGUCAUGGACCUGAUCACGUGCGAGCUCAAAGUGGACAAGGCUACCCGCAAGAAGCUGCUGCUGACCCUCGUCCAAAUGGUCGCUGCAUCGAACGCGGUGGUCAAGAGACUGGCGACCCUGUGGAAAGCCAACGUGCUCAUGAGGGAUCUGUUGAAAGUGAUGCGAGAACACGUUAUGACUCAGUACAAACACUAUCAGCUGUACGCGCACCACGCGGUGUCAGUGUUGAAAAUUUUGGCUCGAGUCAUGAAAAAGAACAAAAUCAAAGAGGGCGAGUUCAUCAACACCACGUAUGCGCUUGGGGGAGAUCAAUGUACGGUUCUGGACGCGCUCACGGUGCCAAUGCAAUACCUGUCGAAUAUGAAAAGGAAAUUCGACGACUUGGCGUAUUUGUUGCUGGAAGAAAACGAUAAGAUGUACUUGAACGAUAUACAAUUGUACAUGAAACAGGUUUUUAACAAACUCCAAAGCAAACUCGACGUCAUGUCCAAAGUAGUCGAUGACAUAUUUACGCAAUACGAGAACAGAUGUCAAAAAAAGAACAUAGCCGACGAAAAAUGGAAGAGAAUCAAGGAAAAAAUAAAGAAAAUAUUCGAAAGCGCAAUUGUCAAACCAUGUGUGUUUACUAUGAAUUUAUAUUUGAAUUAUUAUUUCCCCAGCGAAGAACAAAUAACCGAGUUAAUGAAAAAUAUUGCCAAAUAGAAAAAUGUUUUU